AUGGUGAAGAUCGCCCUCAACCAGCACGGCACUCGUGCUUUGCAGAAGAUGAUCGAGUUCAUCUCGACCCCUGAGCAGAUUCAAAUCAUCACUGAAGCACUGAGAUUCGAAGUCGUGCCUCUCAUCCAGGACCUCAACGGCAACCACGUCAUUCAGAAGUGCCUCAACCACCUGUCGCCUGAGGACGCCCAGUUCAUCUUCGAUGCUGUUGGCACUAGCUGUGUCAUUGUCGGUACCCAUCGUCAUGGCUGUUGCGUCCUGCAGCGUUGUAUCGACCAUGCCUCUGGCCAUCAGAAGGGUGCGCUUGUCCAGCACAUCACCAUGAACGCCUUCACUCUUGUUCAGGAUCCCUUCGGCAACUACGUUGUUCAGUACAUCCUCGACCUCGGUGAGCCUGCCUUCUCUCAGCCUCUGGCUCAGAGCUUCCUCGGCAACGUUGCCGCCCUCUCCAGACAGAAGUUCAGUUCCAACGUUAUCGAGAAGUCGAUUCGCACUGGCGACGAUGCUACCAGACGCGCCCUCAUCGAUGAGAUUAUGAAUCCUGCCGAUCUCGAGAAGCUGCUUCGCGACUCGUACGCCAACUACGUUGUUCAGACCGCUAUGGAUUACGCCGACCCUGAGACCAAGGCUCGCCUCAUCGACAACAUUCGUCCUAUUCUGCAAUCAAUCCGCCACACUCCCUACGGCCGUCGCAUCUCCGGCAAGAUUCAGGACUAUGACAACCACCUUAAUGGCAUGCCUGGCUCUAUGUCGCCACCUAGUGUUCUGCCUCCUGGUCAGAUCGGCACCACUCCCUUCCGCACCAGCAGAUCCAACACCAUCACUUCUUACACCAGCACUGGCAGCCCCGUUGGUCAUCAAGUUGGUAACUACGGCGCUGCCAGCAUGGGUUCUCCUAACGCCCACAACCGCCACCAUGGAUCUCUCAACACCAUGCUCGCUCAGGCCCCCAGCAGCAGACCAAUGGCAAUGGCUUUGGUCAGGUCUUCCAGCAGUUCGGCCAUGCUUCGCGUGGUUCUCACUCUUCCAACAUGGGACACUACUGAUCGCAUCCUGCUUUCAAGGUCUCUACACUGUACUUUUUCCAAUGAGAUCGGUUUCCAGCAUUCAAUUGCAUAG